AUGUUUCGUAAUCAGUACGAUAGUGACGUGACCGUUUGGAGUCCACAGGGUCGACUGCAUCAAGUCGAUUAUGCGGUCGAAGCAAUGAAACAAGGCAGUGCCACGGUGGGUGUUAAAAGCAACACACACGCUGUUCUUGUUGCUUUAAAGCGUGCCGCUAACGAGCUGUGCUCCCAUCAAAAGAAAGUUUAUGAAUUAGACAUCCAUGCCGGUGCUUCUAUUGCGGGUCUUCUAUCCGAUGGUCGUAUUCUUGCUCGAUUUCUGCAAACAGAAUGUGCCGCUUGGCGAUGGGACUACAAGGAGCCUGUACCGAUUCAUGUAUUGAGUAAUCGAAUCCAGUUGAAGUUACAAGCCAAUACCCAACAUUAUGGACGUCGUCCUUUUGGUGUGGGAUUGGUGAUUGCUGGUUACGAUGAACGAGGAGCACAUAUCGUGAAAACUGACCCUUCGGCUGAAGUGGUUGAAACUUUGGCAAGUUCGAUCGGUGCUCGCUCACAGAGUGCACGGACUUUCUUGGAAAGGCACCUGGACGAAUUUCCAGAUGCCAGUCUCGAUCAUUUAGUGGAAUUGGCAUUGCUGGCGCUUCGAGACACACUUCCAGCUGAGGACAACCUCUCGAAAAAGAAUACAACGAUAGCAAUAGUUGGUAAAGACACGCCGUUCAAGGUGAUGGACGAUGAUGAUGUACAGCCGUAUCUAGAUAGAAUUGCAGGCACUCCGCGCACCGGAGUUCAUGCUGAGGCGGCUGGCACGGAGCAACAGCCUGCACCUCAUCAGUGA